AUGUCCACUUUACCCGGUUCCUUGGCUAUACUCGCUGUACUAGCUAGCAGCCUCCUCAGGCCCACAGGCCAAAAAACAAUACUGGAGGACGCCAAGGCCAACAUCAAAGCCUUUUCACCCUACCAGUCUGGAGUCAUUGUCACUGCUCAAAUCAUCGACUUGAUCACCUGGAGGCUGACCAAUAUCGCCGAAAUACAUGCCAGUCUGUGGGCCCUCGCUGGCGUUCACUUUUAUGUUCCAGGGGCCCGAUCCAUACCAUCUGAAUUGAGUCAUGGGUUACUGGUCACCUCUGCGCGUCGUAUAUUCCUUGCCGGAAUCUCUCUGCCACUUUACGUGCUAUUAAUCCGGUCGUCUUACCACUGGGCUGUCCAAUGGACCCUGGGUUUUCUGCUUUCAGAAGCAGCAAUGGUUGAAUUGUCGACUUGGUUUUUGCCCUUGCCAUGCGCCGGCGUCGUGUUACGAAAAGACUGGCCACGACGCCCAAUUGUCGGUAAACAACUUUUCGUUUCAGGUCCAUGUCCAGUAAAUCAUGUCCAAGAGCUCAACAAUACAGUCACCCUCGACAACAGCAAAGAAAAUGGGGAUGAAGAUUGUCAAGCUACUGUGGGUGACAAUCUAUGCGAUCGCGUGCGCCGUGUCUGGCCCCCUGAUACGCGUCCAGAUAAGGAUAUCCCUGUUGGACGACAUCCUCUGGAACACAUCCCCAACAUCGCGCAGGUUACAGCUCCAACGGGCUCCGUAUUGGUACCCUGGACGUGUGGACACGGACGUUGCCUUCUGUACAUGCUCUCACGAGUCAUCGUACGAGCUCUUUUUUACUCCGUGGCGGUGUUCGAUUUUGGCUCGGCCGUCUGGCUUUUGCAUGAUAACACACAGGCCGUUUUGAUACGCAUAUCUCGCAUUCUGUUGGCUCAAAGGUUUCUGAAUGACCUUUUAACCCUUGUAUUCCUGUGCGCAGUUGUUUUUUUCGUGGGUAUUCCGACAUAUCUCACCUUGGUUAUGUUUAUACCAUGGAUAUUUCGUACAUCAGUCUCCUUGCAGCCAGCGAGGAAUAUGAUUAUGAGCUUCUUUAAUGGGACUCCUUCCUCAGUCAAAGUUGCCGGUCGAUAUAUAUUGCUCUGUCUAUCGAUGUUCAUGGCAUGGAGCAUUGCUCGCAUUUUGAUGGAGCGCGACCCGGUCCUGACUGACUCGAUACUCUCAUACUCCAUCGAGCUCUUCCUGGUACCUACAGGCGCGCUGUCCAUAUUCAGACGCUUCUUUGCUCCACCCAAAUCGACAAGCAAACUGCCAGUCACGGGCAAACCAGACGAGAACGCUCAUGACGAAAGUGACACGAACAAUGAGAAAGCCAGAAAAGAGCGGCUGAUAUCAUCCUGGGCCCAAUUCCGUUUAACGAUACUUCUACCGAAUGCUGCUAUCUGGAUAUUUCGUCGAUGGGAUAUGACGGCUAUUCUAGAGGGACCUUGA